GUAUUCACAAAUCACAAUCGUCCAACUCAAAUAUAUUCUCAUGUCGAUUCUCUUUCAUUCUUUUCCUUCACAAAAAUAUCUCUCUAAUCUCUAUUCAAUAUGCUAAUUUUUCUCCAACCAAAAACAGCCAAAGCCAUAGCUCAUACCUCUUAGCUCUUUCUUUCUUUGGUUUCAAUGAAGUUCGGGAAAGAGUUCACAACCCAUCUAGAAGAUACCCUCCCGGAAUGGAGGGACAAGUUUCUCUGCUACAAACCUCUCAAGAAGUUCCUCAAGACCUUUCCCACAAACCCAUCUGAUCAACAUCAACCCUUCGAGGCUGUUGCUCCGGCGGCUCUAGAAGGCUUUGAAGAUCAGGGCAACCCUCCUUUGGCUGAACUACAAGAUUGGUUCAUUAGAAUUCUCAAUGAAGAACUCGACAAGUUCAACGAUUUCUAUGUUGAUAAAGAGGAAGAAUUCGUUAUUCGUUUUCAGGAGCUGAAAGAACGAAUCGAACGAGUAAAGGAGAAGAGCAACAAUGGUAGAGCCUUUACAUCAGAAAGCGAGUUCAGUGAAGAAAUUAUGGACAUUCGAAGGGACUUUGUUGCCAUUCAUGGAGAGAUGGUCCUUCUCAAAAAUUAUAGCUCCCUAAACUUUGCAGGACUUGUUAAAAUUCUGAAGAAGUAUGAUAAACGAACUGGGGGACUGUUGCGUUUACCCUUCACGCAACUGGCCCUUCGCCAACCAUCCUUCUCUACCGAGCCUCUCACAAGGCUAGUCCGUGAAUGUGAGGCAAAUCUCGAGCUUCUCUUCCCGCUGGAAGCUGAAAUCAUUGAGUCAACCCCACCCUUGCAAGACAAGACAAACCAGCAAUUGAACAACCAUGCAAAUAUAACCGAGACACCAUCAAAUCUCGGGGAAGACACAGUGUACUUAUAUCGAAGCACAAUCGCUGCUAUGAGAGCUAUACGAGGUCUUCAAAAAGCAAGCUCUACUUACAAUCCAUUGUCGUUUUCAUCUGUGUUUAGGAGCCAGGAAGACGAGGGAAGUGGGGCUGUAACAUCUGAAAACUCCGCUUCAAGUACUCCCAACACUUCUCAGAACGGUGAAGAAGACUGAGCAAGAGAGUUCCCGCUCUGUAUGACUCUGACUGCAUUUUUUUUCAUCGAUUGGUUGCUGUUUUGUAUUUGAUUUCAAUUUCUUCUAGCAGGUUGGAGUUGAAUAACAGGGGCUCUGUUCUUUACAGCUCCUGUACCAUUAAAAUGAACCCUUUAAUAAGUGGUGCUCUUUGUGUACAAAGUAAACUAACUACAGUGGGAGUUUCUCUUUUACAACAUUUCCAUGUUUGUUUAUCUUGGUUCCUUAAAACACACGGAUUUGUAUAUUUGUGAUGUUUGUUUACAUGGAUAAUAAGAUUGUUAUUUCUGAUUUUGUCUUUUA